GUCGUCCGCGACAUCGCCAGCCACUGUUUGCCGUCAUCGCGCUCGUUUCUGUUUCGGGUCCAUAGAUAGGUACGUAGAGCUGAGGCCCGUUCAUCCAUGGCUUCGAAAAUCGUAAGGACCCUCACUGCUAUGGUACUUGUAAUCCUAUCUGGCGGGAGCAUAGGCCGUCAGAUCCCCCCGAUGAGGGUGUGGGAGCAGGAGGAAGCGGAGCGGUGUCGUGCUGUCUUCCGCUUCUCUACUCAUCCACGAGAGAACGGAAGAGAAGCGAUGGCGGCAUCCGCUCAGAGCGUCUUUUGGCCUAAAGCGACGCCUGAGUCUUCUUCUCCGUCUUCUUUGUCCAGCCUGGCGUCCUCUGCYUCAAGUUCACCUCCCCCGGUUCAUGAUGCCCUCCUGCCACCGACUCGUGUGUCUAGGUCGCCUCCCCCCUCGGGUAGUCUGCCAGAGGCGUCAUCCCUCCCUCCUCCUCCCCCUCCUCCGCCUCCUCCUCCUCCUCCUUCAUCAACACUGCUCUCAGACCGUGCACCUCAGCCGCAAUUGGAUUGUGAUUCCCUAAURCUCAACCGAUCUCUUCUGAUUGGCUGCAGGAUUGUUCUCGUCCAUCCGAUUCCGCCAGCCUUCGCUCCCAGGCCUAACACCAGCGAGAAAUGUGUCAAUUUUAUCCACAACAUAGUUUUCGCAGAAGAUGGGCUCGAAUUUUACUACGUCUUUAAUCCCUAUUGCAUGAAGGGUGAGAACACAGUCAGGGAGGUUAUUUCCAUAAUGKKGUCCAAUCUCUCUGCAGUGAAACAGGGGGGCUCGCAGCUUGCAAUCGGCAGGUUGAUUAGUCACUCAUGGCUGGCGUCCGCCCCUCAAGGCGCGCCUCCUUCGGCCCCAGUGACGUGGAGGGAUGACGUGUCUGUGCCGUCCCACGCGCACGUGUCUGGCAUGGACACGUCGAAGAUGGGAAAGCACCUCCUACUCACGGCCAUGACGUACGAUGGCGGCGAUCUCUCGUGGAUCGUUSCCUUGGAUGUCGUUAACGGCAGCCGUAGAUCGUUCCCCAUCCGCGCAACCAUGGCCAGUGGAUUGGCAUUCAUUCCCAACAAGACGCGUCUGUUCGUAAGCGAUGAGUCCGAUCCGUCUCAGAUACUGACGGCGGAGAUUCCCGAUCCCGACUCAGAUCCUCCCCCUCCUCCCCCCAGUGGGGGUGGGGGGCCGGUAUCAACGGAGAUCGCCUUUCGAUUCGAUAGAUCUACGGUAGGAUCCGCAUGGAUCGGGCCGUACAGCUUUAAUCGGGACGGCAGUUGCCUGUAUAUCGUCGACCCCAAGGGCAACAGAGUAUGGGGACUAGAACCCGCGUCUUCCCGCGUGCGCGUUAUCAGUAGGAGGGAGGGGGAUGCCAGUGAUUCUGCCCAUAGCACCGUGCUGUUGGAACCAGAUGAGGCGUUCAAAGAGAUUGCGACUACCUCCGAUGGCCUCCACRUGUUCGUCACUGAUUCGUUCGGUCAAUUGUUCUGGAUAACGAUGGAGUCCCCCUGCGGGAGACCUUUGGCAGCGACAGCCAUCGCCAGAUAUGGWAGUGCACGUUUGUGGGGAUUAGCGCUUCUUGAGCAGCCGAACGGCGUGCUUCUUCUGUACGUCGGGACCGGCGGUGGUCGCAUCAUGGAGAUCGGUAUUGAURMRCAGUACCUGCAGAAGAUCACCGCCGAGAGUACCCAACAGCACUGGCAGCCAUCGCCGCCAUCUCCAACUGCGUCUUCUUCCUCCGUCCCAUCGUCUCCUGCUCCGUCUCCCGCUGCUGACGAAUCGUCGCUCGUUCGUCCCAAGAAGAAGAAGACUCGCAACGUCACUGUCACCAUAGCCGCUGCUGCUUCGAGCUUCCUCUCCGCUUGUCUUGUCGUCGUUUGCGCUGCUGCAUACAUCUUCCAUCGCGCUCGGGCGCAGAGCGCCCCACCACCUCCUCCUGCUCUUCUGGCCCGAUCUGAGUCGUCUUUCGUCGCAAUGACGUCAUCGGAAAUCGUUUUCAGGGACCCGCGCCCACGUGUCCUCACGAGAUUCUCCUUGGAUUCUUUGUCCAGAUGGACGAUGAACUAUUCCCGACCGGUCGGAGAGAAGGGCGCAUUCGGCCAGGUGUACUGGGGAGAGUUAGACGACAAGACCCAGAUAGCUGUGAAGGUCAUGGAGGGUGAGUUGACUCCGCUGAAGUGGGAGCAGUUCGUGACGGAGAUCGACACACUCAGCCGGCUGCAUCAUGCGCACCUGUGCGGGCUGAUCGGGUACUGCGACUCCGCGCGGCUGCCCAUCCUCGUCUACCCUUACAUGCGCGGAGGCAAUCUCUCCGCGCGAUUGCGCCCGCGCCAGACGUCGAGCGACGAGGCGGGGAACUUACCAGUAUCCGGUUCCGGCGAGGGGGGGAUGGAGGGGGCGGGGGAAGAGCCUGCGGCUUGCCCACGGGUUGCGCGUCCGUUGACGUUGCUCGAGCGCCUGCGCGUAGCCCUUCACGUGGCCAGCGGACUGCGGURCCUUCACGAGGAUGCGGAUCCCCCCGUGGUUCACCGGGACAUCAAGAGCAGCAACGUGCUGCUUGACGACGAGGACGACGGCGCGCUGCGCGCGUACAUAGGCGAUUUCGGCAUCGCUGCGCUCGGGGAGAAGGUGCUCGAUAACGACCGUGACAUGUUUAUCGAGACGUCAACGAUUAACGGGACCAGGGGAUACAUCGCGCCGGAGUAUCAACGGCUAGGAGAGCUCUCGGCAAAGAACGACGUGUACGCCUUUGGAGUACUGCUGUUGGAGAUGAUGACAGCGAGGAGAGUCUUCGGUCGCUCCCAAUCGGGCGACAGAUGGGAGAGCAUCGUCGACUGGGCGACGCCGUUACUCUCGAAUGGUCGACCAACUUUCAGCGUGCUGCAAGCUGUUCUUGAUCCUGCCCUGCUCUUCCAGCAGCAGCAGCAGCAGCAGCAGCAGCAGCAGCAGGGGGAUCAGCAGCAGGGGGAUCAGCAGUGGCAGCAGCAGCAGGGGCAUCAGCAGCAGCAGCAGCAGGGGCAUCAGCAUCAGCAGCAGCGGCAGCACCAGCAGCAGCAGCAGUACCAGCACCAGCAGCAGCAGCGGCAGCAGCUGUUAGAGCAUAGCAGGAACAACAUCCCUGUGGAGAAAACCGUCGAGCAGGAGCCCGUCGAGAACCGCAACAGCAUCCCUGCGGAGAGAAUAGUCGAAGAGAUUUUCAAACUCGCCUUUGACUGCGUGGUAGAGGAGCCCACCUCAAGGCCGCCUAUGGGUAUCGUAGCCUUUCGGAUUGGUGACCUUCUAGUAUAGAMUCCUUCACCUUUUUCCCUUUCGUUUUUCUUUUUUUUUCCUCUCUUUCCCAGAUGGACUAUGGAUGAGAUAGGAAGCCGAUCGU